UGUACUCAUCAUCAAAAAUCAAGGUCGGUCUUCUCAGCUGCAAAUGUGUGCAAUUCGUACAUACAUAUUUAUCGGCAUAAUAUUUACAUUUGCCUAAUACGUAAGUUGAGUAUGAUGUAACAGUAACCAUGACAACAACAUAAACUGGUUCAUUCAAAUUAACCGAGGUGGUGAAUAAAAAUACAGUUCUCAAUUUUAUACUUACUUACGCAUACGCAUAUCAAUACUUAAUUACUUAAAGAUGGGAAAAAUUACACCCAAAUCGAAACGGUCUGAUAAAAAACCUCGUCUGUCAGAGAAAUUAGAGAUGCGAUCAUUUCCAAAGGACUCGCCUUGUGAUGUCUGCGGAGCAAAAGCUCGGUCUUAUAAUUAUGGAGGUAUUUCCUGCAAUUGUUGCAGGUCAUUUUUUCACUAUUUCGUUCUUCAGUUCGUCAAAGAUAAUCCGUCGCCUAAAGAUCUUCGACGCAAUUGCAAAUUUGGAGGAAAAUGUGUAAUUAACCAAAUAACAAGGAAAAAGUGUAAAACAUGCCGAUUUUUUAAAUGCAUAGAAAUUGGUAUGUGUCCCAAUUGGGUCAUAUCCGAUUUUAAAAGGGCACAAGAACUUAAGCAGCAAAAAAAGGAGAUCAAGUUUCCCCUCCAGACCGAUAAUUAUUAUCCGGAUAAAAUAUUAAGCGAAGAAGAAACUGAAAAAAUUGCCCAUAUUUCAAAAUAUUAUAAAAAAGCUUGUGAACUAAUUCCUUACAACUUUCUCUCUCGGGACACUGGUGAACCUUUAAGCGUUACAAAAAUAAAAGUGAUAAACAUUGGAGUAAUGUCGACAGCUAUACGAAGGUUUGUCUGCUUUGCGAAGAUGUUACCCGAAUUUGAGAAGCUUUCUCUACACGAUCAAACCAGUCUAUUGCGCAGAUCUAUUUUGGAAAUGAUUUUGCUGAGGAACGUGAUUACCUUCGAUUUCGAGAAUAGUGUGUGCCAUUCUGCUGAAAAGAACUUCCCCGAAAAAUAUCCAGAAAUUUAUGGUGGCGAAUGUGCCUGUAAUUGUGCCGACGGGGUGAAAGAGAUGCAAAUGCAACUUCACAAAAGAAUUCGGACCAAUGCUCCGGAUGAAGCCAGUAUCAUGUUGAUGGUUGCUGUUGUUCUGUUCUCCGACUGUGGUGCAACCGACAGUUGCUUAAAGUUUCAUGACAGACCUGAAAUAAAUUCAGCACAAGAACUUUAUUCGAGUUUACUGGAGAAGCAUUUAAAGUUCAUUCAUGGAGAAGAAAAGGGAAAGUUGUUUUUUCCCAGACUCCUCUCCUUGCUACCGGAUAUUACGCAAAUGGCGCAAUUACAUCACGGGCUCCCACUCAACAUGACUGACGAACAAGUGGAUAAAAUGCAUGAGCAUAUUUUACUCCUUCAGAAAAAGACGAGUAAAGCACCCCCUCCAGACGACACUUAUUUUCGGGAGAAAAUGAAGCCACCAACCCCGAAAUGCAGUAACAUUGGACAUUGUAAGGGGCCGCCAAUCACGACCAAAGUAACGCCAACUAAACCUUCCUUCCCCGCUCUGAUUCACACAUUUGCACAAAAUCCAGGAUUUGGGGAGUGGGGAAUUAAGCCGGAUUUUUUUGGACGAGGUCCUCAUUUGGGCGUAGAGCGGGCCUACAUGCGCAGAAUUCCGGAACUGUUGGAGAAUCCUUUGGAUUCCUUGGUCAAUGAUGUUUCCAAAUUAACAAUUUAAAGCGAAAAUAAUACAAUUAACAUACUUCAGUAUUCACAACGUGAUUGUUAAUUAGAUAUGUAUGAAAUUAUGUAUCGUUUACUUUUCUCUGAACAAUUCUCAUGCCUUUUUCUUAGUGAGGCAAAUACCUACAACGAAACAUACAACGAAAAAAAUUACUAACAAAUAACAAAUUACUAACAAAUAUCCCGACCCUCUAUAUGCAAACGUAUAUUUCAGUUUUUUAAUUUUUGCCAAGGCGGCGAUUUUAGACCUCCAACCUGUCCUGGGCGAAAAAUUCCUGUGGGCGCCAAAAAAUCGUA